AAGUUUUACUAAGAAUGGCAGCUGAUUAUGUAUUUACCCAAUCUGAAGAAGAGAAAAUAGACGCGAAACCAACUCGAUGGGGAAAAUGUGAGGAGUUGCUGGAGAUUUUACCAAGGAAGGGUAACAUGAGACUGGUAAGGGAUGAAAACUCUGAGAAAGCUGACAAGACAAGACAGGCACCUGAUUCAACUGAAAACGAAGAACUGAGGGAAGAGGUCGUUAUUGAUAAACGAUGCAUGGCAAUACAGGAAGACGCGGGAGCCUGUUGGCAGGACCUUGGAGUAGUUCUUGAGCUACCAGAGGGGGAACUUCACAAUAUAGGCAAAGAUUUUCAAUAUGCUAAAGAAAAAGGACUUGCUGUACUUAAAUCAGGGAGAAAUAAGAGAGCGAGUAAAGCGACUGAAGGAUGCCUUUUCGACGCCUUUGAAAGCAAUGGUCAAAAAAGAAUUGCAGAAAAUUUCUUAGAGUUAUAUCGAGCCAAACGGUAAGACAAUUCCCGGCUGUGAGAAAGUUAGCAACCAACUACAGAGCUCAGUGAAGUCGAAGAGAGAAAUGUUAUUACUAUCAUGAUUGAAAAACUGCGAGAAUGCAAAUUUAUUUGUUGGAUAUAAUAGUUAGUUGAAUAAAUGGGCAAUGUACUGAACAAUGGGCUCAAAACAUUAACAUAGGCUUCUAUCAGCCUAAGAAACAAGGGGCAAUUUAA